AUGUUCAUUUCACCCAAAAGUAGUGUGUCUCUAACUAUUAAUGUACAACUUGAUAAAUAUAAAUAUAUCAAGGAAAUGGAUAAGUUUAUUGAAGGAGAAUUUUUUUGCAAAAUUCUUGGAUUUUUACGAAUUUCACCAAGCGAUAUGUAUAGGGAUAAUUAUUAUGCUAGACAGAUAGAAAAAUAUGUUUCUCCUAUAGAAAUUGAUAUCACUGCAAAUAUUACUAAACCUCGAUUAUACUUCAAUAUCUCAAAAUUUGAUAAAACAUUUAUAUGUUGUGCCAAUGAAAUAAAAAUAGUAUGUAUUGUACGAGAGAAAUUAAUUAAAACUAUAUUGAGCACAAAUCAAGAUUUUUAUCACCCAAGAGUCACAUUAAAAGAAUCAUUACACAUUAUAUAUUCUGAUAAAUAUAUAGAGAAUAUAGAUUUAAUUUUACAAAUAUGGUUUCCAAUAUUAAAAUUAUCAUCAUAUACAUUAGAUUUUGGUCUUAUUUACAUAGGUGAUACAAAAAAAUUAACAUUAACAAUCAAAAAUUUGUCAAUAUGUAAUGUAAAUUUUAAAAUAAAUAAAAAGUUUAAAAUCAAUGAUUUUAUGAUUGAUCAAAAAUGUGGAACAUUAUCAAAUCGUUAUAAUCAUGAAGAUGGAUAUUUUACAAUCACAGUAUCUUUUCAACCAAAAAAACCAGGACAAUUAGUUGAAACAUUAGAAAUAUUAACAGAUAUCCCAUAUAAUAUAGAAGAAUGUCAACUUUAUGGAGAGGGUACAUUAGAUGAAAAAUAUCAUACUCCAGGUGUAUAA